AUGACUCAGAGAAGGCGUUCAAAGACACCAGUCAGUACGUGGUGGGGAGCUGUCUGCUCUGGAGAGCGAACGCGCCACAUCGGCGCCCGGGCGGCGCGCGUGGAGAAGAGGCUACGCUAUCUCAUGGACACAGGGAACAGUAAGGAAGAGGAGGAGGCCAUGAUGCAGGAGUGGUUCAUGUUGGUCAACAAGAAGAAUGCUCUGAUCAGGAGACAGAACCAACUCUCUCUACUGGAGAAGGAGCACGAUCUGGAGCGACGCUUUGAGCUGCUCAACAGAGAGCUGAGAGCCAUGAUGGCCAUCGAGGACUGGCAGAAGACAGAGGCUCAGAAGAGAAGAGAGCAGCUGCUGCUGGAUGAACUGGUCAUACUGGUCAACAAACGAGAUGCGCUGGUCAGAGACCUCGAUGCGCAGGAGAAACAGGCGGAGGAGGAAGAUGAACACCUGGAGAGAACCCUCGAGCAGAACAAAGGCAAGAUGGCCAAGAAGGAAGAGAAGUGUGUCCUUCAAUGAUUGUCAUUUCGUUUCACACACACACACACACACACAUAUAUAUAUAGUCUUCGUCCCAAAUGACACCCUAUAUGUCCUAUAUAUUACUUUGACCAGGGCAACAUAGUGCACUAUAUAGGGAAUAGAGUGCCUUUUGGGACACAGAUACAGACUAUAAUAUUUGUUUGAUCGAUACAAGAAUUGUAUUGUUAUUAUAUUGACUAUUAUUAUUGUAAUUAUUAUUAUUGAUAUACCAUGAUAUUGACAUAUUGUUAUUAAUAUACAAUUUCUUGACAUUAUUAUAAUUAUAAUAAUUGUUAUAUUGACAUAUUGUUAUUAAUAUACCAUUGUAUUGACAUUAUUAUAAUUAUUAUUAUUAUUAUAUUGACUAUUUGAGAAACCUGUAUUUUAAGUUUAUUUGAACCCUGAAAUUUAAAUCAUGUUGUUUUUUUUGGGUCAAUGGCUGUGAUGGUUUUACUGCUAAACUAAAGGCUACAUCCUAAAUGCAUCCCUAUUCCAUAUAAAGGGCACUACUUUUGACCAGAGCCCCUCACUAUAUAGGAAACAGGGAGCCGUGUGGGAGGUGUCAAGGCUCUGUAAGGAUGAGACCAUGAUGUCUUGAACCAGCUUUAUACUGACAUGGAAAUGUGUCCUGCUUAUACAACACACUAGAUUGUUUUUAUUUUGUUGUUGUUGCUUUAUCAAGCAAGGUACUUGUAUUUAAUAUACAUAUACAUGAUGGCAUAUACAGCCCAGUGAAACCCUACCACGGGAGGGAUUGAAUUUCAUUCAGACACACACAGCCUUCUCUUGGCAGAAUGUUUCAAUGUUGAGGAGCUUGGAGACAGAGAUUCCUUUAUAGUGGUUUUGAGGUACAGCGCGAGUUGUUUUAUUGGGGACGUUGGUGAUGAUAGCCAAUGAUAUUAUACUGAUGUCUAUUGUUUCAGUUGGACUUUAAAAACAAAAAAAAUAGUAUAAUUCACGAUAUCAGUAUUUUCAAGCUAUGUUUAUUACUUGACUGUGUGUAAUGUUUUUAAAGGUAAUAUCUCAAGAUGCAGUUCAUAAACCGAAAAACUGUUAUGAUUUUUUUUUUUUUCGCUUGAAUGCGGUUAACCAAACAUUUCAGAAGAAGAGCUGGCUCGGUGAUAAGGGGGGGGGAUAAGGGGGAGGGACGGAGGAAGAGUAGAGGGGUAAGGAGCAGAGCUGAGGCGGGGGUCGUGUCCAACAUUUUGUAUAUUUCAUCACCGCUCUGACAACGGCAUACAAAAAACUUUUUUUCCCGGAUCAAUUUCCGCAAGCAGUUGAAAGCAGAAUAACUUUUAUUUAAUUGCCGUUUUAUAGUUGGUAGUAGGAAUUCUACGGGCUAUACGUGUUAUUAGUGAACCAGCAACACGACACAGCCAUGUCAUAUUCUUACAUUUCUUGCUUUUUAAUCAAAAGGGCGUUUUGUUUAUAUUUAUUGUACACAUACUGAAGAAGAGAUCAUGUGUUGCUUUUAUUUGUGCUUCGAUCUCCUGGUUCCAACAAUAGAAAUGUAAUUAUCAGAAAGGGCAUAUAGCCCAUCAGAUCAUUCUCGUAGUUAUAUUUCUAUCGGUUCCACUACAUCCGAAUGCAGCUGCUUGUCUGAAACGUGUGAACAUUUACCUGUGUGAUUAUUUAUUCCACUGUCAUAACACAAGUCUUCAAUAAAGUCCGAAACUUUCAUACUCCA